CGACACGUAGGUACGGUUGAUAUCAAGUGUAGAUAAAUAUGUUUAAAAAUAGUGAAAAAGUUGACUUUGAAAUAGCCCUGGAUAAAACAGGGUUUGGAAAAUAUAACAUAUGCCUCUUAAUAACUUGCUGUUUACAAAUUCUGGCAAUGUAUGUGGAUAUAUUUGGAUUUUCCAUCAUUCUUCCCAACGUGGCUUGCGACAUGGGACUCUCUACAUCACAGCAAGGGUUGCUCUCUGCUAUGCCUUUAAUUGGAGUAAUGAUUUCUUCCUACGCGUGGGGCCUGUGUGCUGACACUCUAGGGCGUAGGACCACGUUGCUCAUCGCCAUGCCGAUUGGUCUAGCACUAAGUUUGGCAUCCGGCAUCGCUCCUACCUACGCGUCUUUAGCGACUUUGAAGUUUUUAUCUGCUGCAUUUUCUUCUUCAGCAAAUGCAGCCGCUUUUGUACUACUGGGUGAAAGCGUUCCGCCCAGACUCAGAAAUAAGUUUAUGUUCCUUAUGGCCAGCGCUACUAUGUACGUUCAGGCAGUUUUAAGUGUGAUUGCACUAGGAGUAUUUCAAUUUUCAUUCGACAUUUAUUUGCCAUUAAUAAACGUACAUUAUCGACCCUGGCGACUUAUUCUCCAAUUAAUAACAGUACCUGGAAUUAUCGGUACAUUAGGAAUUUUAUUUUUACAUGAGAGUCCUAAAUUCUUGUUCAGUAAUGGAGAAGAGAAGAAGGCCAUUGAAGUCUUGGAGUCUAUGUAUAGAUGGAAUAAGGGAAAAAAUUGCGAGGAGUUUUUAAUCUCCUCAAUAUAUCUAGAAGAAGAUAUUACACCGGAAGUAGGUUCGUCACUAGUAGAAAAGAUUUGGAACCAAACAGUUCCACUAUUUAAACCUCCACUUCUGAAAAAUUCACUUAUGCUUUAUUACAUUAUCCUUUGCGCUUAUAUGACAGCUACAGGAUACACAAUGUGGAUACCGACGAUGACGAACGCGUUUUUCAACGGAGAAAACAACGCUAAUAAAACCUUCUGUGAAGUAGCCAGUACUGCAACUUCAGGCAAUAAAACAGACUGCAACAACACAAUACAGCUAAUGACAUUCUACGCAGUAAUGUUAUAUUCUGGAAUAUCCGGCUCCCUUAACGUACUCCUAACGUUCUGUGUCGGUGCUAUUGGCAAGAAAACAUUAACCAUUCUGGUCUUUUCUGUAUCAAUAGUCGCUGGAACACUACUACUUUUCGUGAAGCAACCUAUUAUAAACAUCUCACUGUUUUUCCUAUUUCUCUAUGUGGCACUCAUUUUGGGAAAUGUUAAUACGUAUUUGGUGGAAGUAAAUCCUACUCAUCUGAGAGGAAUGGCUACUUGCUUGUCGGUAGUAGUUGCGCGCGGUUUUGGUUUCUUCAGUGUGCAAAUAAUAGCCACACUCCUGGCCGAUCAUUGUGUGCCAAUGAUUGCGGGAUAUAUCGCACUUGUUUUAUCUGGUUUAGUGGUGUCGCUGUUUCUACCUUCAGACCGUCCUCGCAAAUCGGACACGAAGCUUUAAUAAUAUAAAACAUUUAAAUAUUGUUCUCGUAAUAAGAACUUUGUGAAUUGUGAUAUUUAAGUUAAGU